AGAGCCAUCCACUCACGAGACUACGAGAGAGCAGCCGUGUGUGAGUUCCCCCUCGCUCCCUGUCCAAAGGGCGCUGCGCCGCCGCUCGAUCCGGCCCCCAAGCACCGGUUUUCGCCGGAUCCGCGCCGGUUUCCGACCGGGAAAUGGCGGUUUUCGGCGGGAAGCGGCAGCGGCGCACGCGGGCGGGAGCAGCGGGCGGGAAGGGCGCCGGCGCCACGGGUUUUCGCCGGUUUUCGGCCGGAUUUCGGCCGGGAAACAGCGGUUUUCGGCGGGAAGCGGCAGCGGGCGGGAAGGGCACCGGCGCCACCAGUUUUCGCCGGAUUUCGGGCGGGCCGAAAUCCGGCGUCUGGGAUCCGGAAAACACUCAGGAUGGGUGACCUAGUGUGGGAGCAUGGACAGAAGAUUGAUGCUGGUUUCAAGUGUAAGUACUGACAUAUGACAAAGGGUGGUGGUGGGACAACUCGGUUUAAGGAGCACCUAGCACAAAGGGGAAAGGAUGUGAGGGAAUGUCCUUCGGUUCCUCUUGAGGUGAAGACAUUCUUUAAUCGUGAGUUAGACAAGGUGAAGGCAAAGAAGGCAGCUAGGGAGCGAGAGAGGUUGAGGCAGCAGGCAUCGGCGGCAAGAGGCAAUGCCAUUGAUGUAGAUGAGGAUGCUGGGGUUGAUUCUGACCUGCAAGCUGCUAUGGAGCAGUCAAGGAUGGAGUACGAGUUCAGAGAGAGGGCUGGUUCACGGUACGAGAGGGGUGCUGGGAGUGGAUCAGGUGGCGGUGGUGGCUCGAGUGUAGGACAGGGACCACUCCCACGGAUGUUCUCCAGGAGUCGUUCACACGUGCCAGAGCGGGUAAGAGAUUACAAUCUAGCAACAAGCUCCGGCCCGAGGCAGCAAAGGAUCGAUACAGGCCCUUGGACUAGCAAGGGGAGGAGUUCGAAAGAAAUACUUGGGAGGGCUUGGGCUAAGGCUUGCCACGCCGUUGGAAUACCCGGCAGGAAGGUAGAUGACCCUUACUUUAGGGCAGCCAUCGGCAGGAAGGUAGAUGACCCUUACUUUAGGGCAGCCAUCAUCGAGACCUAGAAGCAAGGUACCGGGAUCAAAUUGCCAAUAGAAAGAGAGAUUGAUGGUAAAUACCUGGAAGAAAAUGUGAGACAGAUCAAAGCGGAGAUAGAGAAGUGGAAGAGUGAGUGGCUUGAAUUUGGUGUGACAGUCAUGUGUGAUUCAUGGACAGGGCCAACUCGGAAGAGCGUCAUCAACUUCUUGGUUUAUUGCAAUGGCAUUAUGUAUUUCUGGAGUAUUCACAGGAUCAUAAAUUCUUACUGAAGGAGAUCAAAAAGGAUGUUGACAGCAUUAGGCCAGAAAAUAUUGUGCAAAUCGUGACUGAUAAUGGCUCCAAUUACAAGAAGGCUUGCAAGUUGUUGGGUAGGGAGUUCCCCCACAUCGUCUGGUAGCCAUGCCUUGCCCACACGAUCAAUCUCAUGCUAAAGGAUAUUGGCAAGUGGCCCGAUCAUGAAGCAGUGAUUGAAAGUGCACAGAGAAUUUGUAGUUGGAUGUAUAACUCAAACGUGGCUCGCGUCAACAUGUGCCACGGGGACAGGGAGUGGCACCUGGGCGUCAUCUGCGCCGUGCGGAGGCUCAACGAGGAGAAGGGCUUCGCCGUCGCCGUCAUGAUGGACACCGAGGGCAGCGAGAUCCACAUGGGGGACCUCGGCGGCGCGGCCUCGGCCAAGGCGGAGGAUGGAGAAGUCUGGACAUUUAGCGUUAGAGCAUUUGAAUUGCCUCUCCCAGAACGAACUAUUAAUGUGAACUAUGAUGGGUUUGCUGAAGAUGUGAGAGUUGGUGAUGAGCUUCUUGUGGAUGGUGGAAUGGCUAGAUUUGAGGUGAUUGAGAAGUUAGGACCUGACGUUAAGUGUUGCUGCACGGAUCCUGGUUUAUUGUUGCCACGUGCGAAUCUUACAUUCUGGCGUGAUGGCAUUAUUGUCCGUGAGAGGAAUGCUAUGCUUCCUACAAUUUCAUCAAAGGAUUGGCUUGACAUAGACUUUGGAAUUGCCGAAGGUGUAGAUUUCAUUGCCGUUUCAUUUGUCAAGUUUGCAGAAGUAAUUAAACAUUUGAAAAGCUACAUAGCUGCAAGGAGUCGUGGCAGUGAUAUAGCAGUCCUUGUGAAAAUCGAGAGCAUUGACUCUUUAAAGAACCUGGAGGAGAUCAUCCGAGCAUCAGAUGGUGUCAUGGUAGCCAGAGGGGAUAUGGGGGCACAGGUUCCCUUGGAGCAGGUCCCCUCAAUACAACAAAAGGUAGUUCAAUUGUGCAGGCAGCUCAACAAGCCAGUCAUUGUUGCUUCUCAGCUCCUCGAUUCGAUGAUCGAGUAUCCUACACCCACAAGGGCUGAAGUUGCCGAUGUUUCUGAAGCUGUCCGCCAGCGCGCAGAUGCUCUAAUGCUUUCUGGUGGGUCAGCAAUGGGGAGAUGUCCAGAGAAGGCUCUUAGUGUUCUUAGGAGUGUUAGCCUCACGAUUGAGAAGUGGUGGCGGGAGGAGAAGCGCCAUGAGACACUGGAACUUCAAGGAGUUUCAUCUUCCUUCUCUGACAAGAUAUCAGAAGAAAUCUGCAAUUCAACAGCUAAAAUGGCUAACAGCUUGGGAGCAGACGCCGUUUUUGUUUUCACGAAGACUGGCCACAUGGCCUCCCUGCUCUCACGAUGCCGUCCUGAUUGUCCUGUUUUCGACUUCACAACCUCAACGUCCGUCAGGAGACGGCUGAACCUCCAGUGGGGACUCAUCCCCUUCCGCCUCAGCUUCUCCGACGACAUGGAGAGCAAUCUGAACCACACCUUCUCCCUGCUCAAGGCCAGGGGCAUGAUCCAGUCAGGGGACCUGGUGAUUGCUCUCUCCGACAUGCUGCAGUCCAUCCAGGUGAUGAACACCCUGAGAAAGAGCCAUUCAUCUCCGUGUCACGUGAUCCUCAAUGAGAUGAUCAGAUGCGAUGGAGCACGUACUUUCGGUACCUUGAACUUGAAGGAGGACAGUUCCGUGCACUGAAAUUGUUCACUUGUCUCAUGUAUUAUAUGCUAGGCAACACCAGAGAACUGUGGCAAUAAUUUGCGGCUUUCUGCCUGUUGUGAAACUGUUGUGUUACUACUUGGGCUUUAGUCUGACCUCGGGGUCACUUUUUGAUGUGGAAGUUUGAGUCUCGCUGUGGGCCGUGAUGGGCUUAUCCAUCGCAUUGUGUUAGUUUAACUGAAUCUCACGCUCUUGCUGAUAGAAGAAUCACUAGUUGUGUUUCCAGCUACAA